CGUGAAAGACUCGUUUCUUGCUUCUUUCUCUCACCCACAAGAACCAAUUGGUUCCUGGGAUCUUCAUCCGCACUCAACCAAGAGCCAACACCGCAGUCGCUUCAAGGAAGUUGUGGACGAGUGGAACAACCGCGAAGCCCAGGCUCGAAACGGCGAAAACGAGCCGACGUGGAAGUACUACAACCGUUAAGAGCAUGGAACGGGCCAUCAUGGAACAGAAGAGCUUCCGUCGUUUGGUAGGGGUGGUGGUGGUAGUGGUGCUGGUGGCGGCGAGUGUGAUGGUCUCAGAAGUUGUGGCCCUACUGGAAAACGAAGACGAACACGACGACGACAACGAAGUGGGAGUAGUAGUAGUAGUAGUAGUUGUUGUUGUUGUAGUAGUGGUAGUAGUAGUGGUAGUAGUAGUAGUAGUGGAGGUGCUGCGGUGACGAUAUUGUUGGUAGUCGUUUUACUUUGGCGCCGGAGUGAGUGACGGAGUGAGUGAGUGGUAUUAGGCCUUAUUUCUCCGUUGCUUUGGCUUUAAUUCUCGACGCAGGAAAAAGGACGAAGGCCAAGAGGACGGCCUCAGUCAAUACGGCAUGGUUGGCCAUCGAUCCACGAGCAAUUCUUCAUAUCUCAGGGCUCCUUUACAAUACCAUUGACAUGCAGUGAGGAGAAGAAGUAGAAGAAGAGGUUGGAGCAGUAGUGGUGGUCGGAGGAGUAGUAGUGGGAGAGAAGUAGAAAUAUAAGAAGGAGAACGACGAGGAGAAGAAGAAGAAGUAGUGGAAGAAAACGAAGAAUACUAAGAAAAAGGCAAGAGAGCCAGACCAGAAAGAGUAGGAACUGAGGCUGGACAAGGAGAAGACGGACGAGUGAGAAGUCGCUCACACAAUGUUUCUGAAGAAGUUCCAGCACUUGAUCUGGAAAAGGAUCCAGCCAUUUUCCAUUUGAACCACACGUGAACCGUCAAAGACCAUCUUCCAAAGACCUAAGCAUGGAUGAUGCUUAGGCGUCAACCCGCCAGGGGGUGAUUCGAUCAUGGGCAUCAAUCAUGAUCAGGGACAGUUGAACCGCCUCCUCGCCGGAGUUGUCAUUUCAGGCUGACCAUCUUACCUGGUAAAUCCCCCCCUUCAAUCGCCCUCUUCAUCGUCAUUUUCAUCACCAUCAUUGUUAUUUGCAUCACCGCCGUCAUUCUCAAUGCCAAUAAUCAGCCAAACUAAACAGUCUACAGUUCAUCCCUCGAAGUCCAGAGGUGUGGCUUACCACACCCCCUUGAAUUGAUGGAUGAUGUGUACGUGGUAGUGGGCUUACUCUUUUUUGGCUCACUGUUGUUCUGUCUGUGCUGCUACAAGGUAUCCAACUUGCUCUACAUGCUCUAUCAUAUUGAUGAUACGCAUGUUGACUAUGACGACGACUUGGCCGGGCUGACAGAGAAGGAUGUCCUCACGUACGUCAACUCCUUCUCAAAUGGGCCUACGGGUAACAAUGCUGGCAGUGGAGUGGGAGGUGGGGACAGCAGUGCUCCAACGGGUGUGACCUCCCCUUCGGGAGUGCCCCCGCCCCUAAGAGACGUGACGAAUACAAACGAGAGACCUCCGCCCAACAACACCUCAGUUAACCUUCCACUCGCGUCAAUCAAAUCAUUCAACCCAUCCACCAAUGCCCAACACUCAAGCUCCAAGUGCCACGGCAACUAUAUCAUUGAAGGAGGUACAUAUCGCAUGAAACCGGCACACUCCGUGACCAGUCUUAGUAUAGGGGUCCAAUGCUCGCCUCAAGAUGCGGAGCUUCGAAGCGGGAGUGAUACUUGUCUCCUUCCAGUUCAUUGUCAUUCUUCUUCCAAUGUGCCAGUGUACAAGGGACGGAAGCAUGAGCGCCAUCCCAAAGCACAGAGGGUGCACCAGUCACACCCUGAUUUCCGUCACUUUGACUACAUGGCGACAACCUCAAUGGCCUUAGAUGGAGAUAGCCAGCGUGAUAUUGUUGGGUCUAGAAACUCGGAUCUGGACACGAAUUUCCCCAUCAGCUUGCCUGACCAUGUCACUGAACCUGAUGCUUACUGCCAAGGAGAGAGAACACCGACCAACGCAAUGUUCACCUCGGGUAGCUUAGACCGGCAAUGGAGUUAUCCACAAAGCGGUACCUGGAAACAACCCAAGCGCUCUUCACAAUCGUCCAUGAUGCAUCACGAUCCUUUGCAGAACCUUUCCAGACCAAAGUCUUCGUUCCACAUGCCACGAGGACGCGCCCAGAGGAUAGGUUCGAUUCGAGUAGCAGAAUGUAGUUUCAUUGAACAACAUGACAACGAGGAUCAAGGUCAACACAUCCUGAUGAACUCCUUGGGCGAUGAUGACGAGGACGAGGACGAUGGUCCUCCAACAACGAACAUCUCGGUCAUUGGCGAUAACUCACACUCGUCUGGUGGUGGACACUUGUGUGAAAAGCCAUCACGGCAUCGUCACCAUCAUCAGCAACACCCCAACCACCACCAACAACAACACCCCCAGCAUCACCUUGGCUCGUCCCGAAGUGGGAGCCAUCGCCAAAUCAAUUAUGUGCCUUUUCACUUCGAGAUGAGCUCCUCCUCAUCCUCAGGUGCCUACCACGAUCCAGUGUCAAAGAUGAACAAUUCGAACAUUUGCCGUAGUAGUGGGAACAACAGCGGUGGAACCCGUUGGACAGAGCCCGGAGGUUUAUCAUCCGGACGGUAUCCCAAUCACCACCUGGCCAACGCCACCGAGCUUCGAGGCGGACAAAGUGCUCAAACCCGAACCAAUAUCAAUUGUUCCAAUGGAAUGAAUCCCUCCGACCACAUUCUGCUACCUAAUGCUCGACGUGGUAGUGCCAGAGGGAGUAGCAAUUUCUUGCCCUGUGGACACAUCAUUCCACCGCCUCAGAAUUUCAAUGACUUGCAACAUCAACAGCAAUCUCUUCCCACCCCAGUGUCGACUCAUCACCAUUCCAUGCAAUAAACAGUCAUUAAGUAACUAAAUCUCAACUAUCAGCAAUUUGUAUGCCACUAAGUGACGAGGGUCUGGCAAAAAACUAACUAUUCAGACGACUCCGGACGACAACGAGAUGCUAGAGCGAUUACUUAUGCCGGCUCAAACGACUUGGAAGACGAACGCGUACAUCAUUGACUAUAAUUUAUAUUGCCCGUUUACGCUACUGCAUGCCAAUCGGAAAUAUAACAAUAGAAAAUGACUGGAUCCUCAUUAUCGGCAUUAUUAUAAUCGUCGCCAUCAGCAUCAACAUCAUCAAGUGGGUGGAAUGAGCACUUUUGGAGCCAUUGUUGUGGUAGCCUUUGAGGUCAUAGCACGAAGAUUCGUUACAUUCCUCAAACUCGCUUGAAUCUGUAGGUAGGUUACGGCCUCAGCCAAUUCCGUCAUGGUCACAUUCAAAUCGCAGAUACAUUUGCAAAAUGUGUUGCCCGCUUCGUCUUUCAGCGGCUGAUAGAAGGAUCGAGGGGGUUUGGGGGAUGGCGGAGGCUUGGUUGGUUUGCUUCGAGCGGGCACCACCGACCUCAUCGUGAAAUUCAGACUUUGAAAGUCGCGAGAAUCGUCGAUAAUCACAUAGGUUUGGUUGGAAGGGGUCUUGCCUUUGGGUGGAUGUAUUGUGGCCACGACCGUCCAUGUAACGAGAGCGAAGCAUAAUACUGUCAGCACCAUUAACACAGAGUUCUUCUUAUUCAGG